AUAAGAAUCGUGCACAUUAUUUUUUUUUUCACUUAAAAAAAAAAAAAAUAGAAACAAAAAAAGAAAAAAGAAAAUAGAGUUCUUUAAAAAAUUAUUUUUUUUUUUUCAUUUCGAAAGUGCUCCUCCUAAUAUUUAAGGGGUGUUUUUAUUUUUAUUUUCUUUUUUAAUCAUCAUGUUCCGGUAACAAGUGUCAAGGGGAUUAUUUCCUCAAUCGGACUAUAUAUUGAUCAUGGGAGGUGCGCAGAGCAGUGGAACGCACACAUUGGGUGAUACUUUAUGGGUUCACGAACGACAACGACAAAAAUGUCAUCGUGAAGGGAGUCAAUGUGACAGUCAUGGAAGUCAAUCAUCGACUCAGGAACGUCGGAAGCUUUUAAAGCGGACGAGAAGUUUGGCCGUCAUUUCCGAAGACGACUCACGCUACACUCGAGAGAUUCCUCAUUUUCAAAUUAACGAGCCUAAUUUCAACUUGACCCGAAGGCCUCAAUUGAUUCCAAGAGCAAAAUUGAUUGAUCGUAAUUCUCUCAAAGACAGAUUGUCAAAAAGUCAGCAGCAUCUCUCUGAUUCCUAUGACAAAUUUACUGACACAAGGUCCUAUCAGUCCUGCACUCUGUACGCACCACCACCUCUAACAUUACUUCCGGAUCCCCUGCCUUAUGUGCGGGGACAUAGAUCGGAAUCGGAUCGCCUCAACAUUCUAGACUGGCCCGAUCCAUCGCGAAAGUAUUGCAGUGUGCAGAAUCUCGACACCGUUUCGGGACUCGUUGAAAUUGUGGAGGACAAUUGGCCACUUGAAGAAAAUCGAAGUCUCGAUUGUAUUUAUACUCAGGUGAAACGAAAGCGAAAAGAGCACCGCAGUCUCGACAGUAUUCUCUUCGAGGACGACGACGAACUCGAGUAUUUCGACGUUCUGAAUCUCCUUCCAAUUUCGAAUUCCCAUCUAGAGGAAUCAACUCCAAAACUUCCGAGCCGAAGUCGAUGUAAAGAAAGGGACGAGUUUUUCGACGGUAUCCUGACCGGUAGCGAUAAGGAGAGCAUCAAGGAUUUCUUCUCCACCACCGGAAACAACGAGACAGAUGAGGAGAAGUCCAAAAAUCAGGAGGACGAGGUUAGCGAUCCAAGGAAGGGAUUUUGGAUAGAUUUAGUGAGUCCCACAAAACAGGAGAGAAAAGACUUUUGGGAGAGGAUAGGCAGUCAGGAGCAAAAGAAGCAGGAGAAACUCCAAGAGCAAAAAUUGUCCGAGGCAACGAUACUCGAUGACACAGGAGAGCAAAAAGAGGAAGAGAAGGGAGUAGAAACAAUUCCUGAACAAGAACAAAUUAUUUCCCCUCUGAACGAAACAAAAAUAACUCACAAUUCUGAGGAGAAGUUAGAGGAAUUUCAGAAAAUAGAUGUGCAGGAAGAACCAACAUUAUUCCAAGCUAGAAAUCCCUUUCCCCGUCCGAUCACUGUUAACGAACUGAGUAAAACUUUGGCUGACAAGUACAAAACGAAUGUGGCUAUUGUCACACCUUGUGAGGAGAAAUUUAAAGUUGAAGAAGCAGAGGACGUUAGGUCCAUUUGGAUAUCGGACGAGGAAGAAGAAAUGUCCCGAAGACCUCAGGUCUUAAAAAUCAUUGACAAUGAUCUCACGAAACGUUGUAAUAAAACACAUCAAGAAACUCCCAGUGAGGAAUUAAUUGAAACGAAAAAAAGUAUUGAAACAGCGAGAAAUUUUUUCGAAAAGAAAAGUAUCGCGAAAGAUACUGAUUCCCCUACUGAAGGAAGAUUUGAAAGAAUCGUCAAGGAGACGUCGAAUAUUUUCGGUAAAGCUUGUAAUGUAGUCAAGGGAACUCUAGGUUUCGAGGCACACUCCGAAAGUUCAGAUCUAGGACUAGGUUCAGAUAUUGGAAGCAUUAGGAGACAAUCAGUCGACGAUAGUAAAGAAAAAUCCCCCGGGAAAGUAGAAACAAAAACUGAAUUACAAAAGCAAGAAAGAGAUACUGAUGAACUUAAUUAUAAGAAUCGGACAAAUUUGACAAGAUCGAGAAGUUGUGUAGAUUCACUGGAAUGUCAAGGUGAACCUGAAUUCAAUCAUGUUCGAUACAAAAUAGUUAAAUCGAAUCUUUUUGGAAAGAGUAUCUUUAGUACGUCCACUGGUGACGUAACUUACGAAGGAUUGAUGGACUAUCUUCGGGAGUAUUCCUUUCAGGAAUUACUGUUGGACAAUAAUGUCGUUAUUAUUGAACCGGUUCGUGCCGAAGUGGAGAGGAAGCCAUCGAUGAAUGUGAAGAGUAAAAGUUUGCCAACAUGUCGAGUGUCGGGUGCAACCCAAAAGAAGCGGGAUUCUGUAGGGGAGAGAAAGAAUUUUGACGAGAAAUCAAGAACAUGUCCUAGGCAGGGUUUAAUCAGGAAGCAUUUCUUCUAUCAUCCGAUAAGAAUUAAUAAGGAGUUGAUCGAUGAUGAACUUCCGAAUCCAGAUACUGUGAAGAAUGUCACACGAAUGUUUGAAGAAACUUUCAGGGCUAAGAAGAAUUUGGAGAAGGAUACGAAAAGUUUGAGUAUGAAGGAUCUAAGUGGGAAGGAUAGCGCUAAGGAUGAAGAUAGGGAAUUUUAUGAUGGAGUGGACAAACUUCGGGAGAGUAGAUCGCGGAGUUCGAGUAGAGCGAAGGAUUUGACAAGACAUUUUGAGAGUUUGGAGAAGAAGACAAUAUCGUCGGCAUCAAUUGGUGGUAAGGAUGAGCCAGGGAGUCCGCGUAGUGAAUCAAAGACGAGAAUUCUGGCACAAUCUUUCGAGGCAAGGAGUGGACACACGUCGCCAAGUGAUUCGAAUUUCUCGAACAAGAAUCGAAUGAGUAGAUUUCAUCAGAAUAAUCGUCAUCAUAAUUGGGAUGCGGGAAGUGUCAGUUCCGGCGUUUCUAGUGAUUAUCCGGACACGGACAAUGGAAGUGCACCACCGUGUACGUCUUCUGAGGAUGAGGAAAUUGAUUGUCAGGACGAGGAAGUCGAGGACGACCGUGAUCCGGGUCACUACGUCUCCCAGGAUGUUUUGAGGAAAAUUCGCGAAUGUGGAACGUCCAUUACGUAUUACGGUGGGAAAGUGGUUAAUAGCUACAAUGGACCAAUUAUCUCGCCAUUGAAUAAUAAACUAUCGAGAAGGAGAAAUCAAUUACAGGACUAUGUGAAGUUCCGUCUAGUUAAAAGCAAUUCCUGCGAUAGUCGAUUGGAGCUCACUGGAAAAGUCGUCGAAGAAAAGGUCAAGGUGGAAAAAAAUUCUGAUUUAAGACAAUGUACAAUAGCCGAGAUGCCAAGUAUUGAAUUAUCAUCAAUGGAGAGACAGGAGAUGAGUCACGAGGAGAUUAAGGAAUCAAAGAAGAAGGAGCCACCGGUUGUGAUUGGCUCGGAGCCAAAGAAAGAUGAGGGCAAAGGUUUUCGAGCUGAUUUUAAAUUGGGAAAAAUUGAUGAAUCAAAUUCACGAUUUAGUGCAUUGUCAAAAUGGCAAAUUAAUGAAAAUGGAUGGCGAAAGAAUACUGAAUUCGAUAAAAUGGAAUUCGAGGAAUUUGAAAUACUUGAAGACAGUCUCAAUGGCAUUGAUAAUCAAAGUUAAAAAAAAAAUUCGACAUUUAAUUUCAAUUUACAGAAAUUAAAUAUAGAAAAUAAUAUGUAUUAAUUAGAAAAAGAAAUGAAGAACAAUUACGUCUAUCAAUUUUUAUUUUUGAAAAAG